ACUUUCAUGCACUGGAUAAAGCUAUGGAUGCUAAACAAAAUCUUUUCUUUGUGCCAAUACUAUUAUUUUUCUUAUGUUUCAGUACAACCUGUCAUUUCUCUUUUGGAGCCGAUAGCAUCUCAGCUUAUCGCUCUCUCUCGGGCGACAGAACCAUUGUCUCUUCAGGUGGAAAUUUCGAACUUGGUUUCUUCAAGCCUGGCAAGCUUUCCAAGUACUACAUUGGCAUGUGGUUUAAAAAGGUUUCUGCUCAGACUGUAGUGUGGGUAGCAAACCGAGAGAAGCCCGUCACUGAUAAGUAUUCUUCAGAGCUAAAACUUGUUGAUGGUAACUUGGUGCUGUAUGAGAAGGGUACUGAAAUUUGGUCCACAGAUACAAAAUUGAAGUCCUCCAGUGUAGUUGCAGUACUACUUGAUGAAGGAAAUUUAGUUUUGAGAAAUGGAUCAUCAAAUACAACAGUCUGGCAAAGUUGGGAUUACCCGACAGAUACAUGGUUUCCAGGAGGUUACCUUAGUUACGAUAAACGUACAAACAGGACACAGAUUCCUACUUCAUGGAAGAACUCUGAAGAUCCUGCUCCUGGAUUGUACACUUUAGAAAUUGACCCAAUUGGACAUCAAUUUUUGAUCAGGUGGAACAGGUCCCGGCAAAUAUGGACUAGUGGAGCUUGGAAUGGGCAGAUAUUUACUAAUGUGCCCGAGAUCGCCAGUGGAUCUAUUUUUAACUUUACCUAUAUAUCCAAUAAUCACGGUGAUUAUUUAACAUAUUUUUUCGCAAAUAGUUCUGCAUACAUUAUUAGUAGAUCUGUUAUGGAUUAUAAUGGGCAAAUUAAGCAAUUUGGAUGGUUGCCUGAUCAACAGAAGUGGUCCCUAUUUUGGUCGGAGCCAAAUACACAGUGCCAAGUUAAUGCUUAUUGCGGAGCCUAUGGUGUUUGCAACGAUAUUUUUUCUCCUUUAUGUAAUUGCUUGCCAGGCUUCAAAAGUAGGUUUGAGAAAAGCUGGACUUCGGGAGAUUAUUCUGGCGGCUGCCAGAGAUAUAUGGAACUGGAGUCUGGUAAUGCAUACACUACCGGCAGGAAAGCAGAUAUCUUUCAAAUUCAUUCACACAUGAAAUGGCCUGAUAAUCCUCAAGCUUUCUCUGCUGUGAAUGCAGAACGCUGCAAAUCCAACUGCUUGAGCAAUAUUUCUUGCACAGCUUAUGCUUAUUAUGAGAAAGCCUGUUUCACUUGGAACGGGGACCUCUUUAAUAUGCAGCAGCUAUCUGUAGAUGACAGCAAUGGCAGGGUCAUCUACAUUAGAAUUCAUUCAUCUGGCUCUUCAAAAAAUAACAAGGGGAUUAUUUAUGGCGUUGUUGGAGGGUCAAUUGCAAUUCUGUCCGUCCUUCUUCUAAUUGCAUUCAGACGACACAAAUCAGGUAUAGCUACUGUGAUCGAAAGAGCUGCAGAAGGUACAAUGGUGGCAUUUGGCUACAAGGAUUUGCAAACUGCAACCAAGAAUUUCUCUGAAAUGUUGGGGAAGGGAGGCUUUGGAUCAGUUUACAAGGGAACAUUGCCCGAUUCAACAGUCAUAGCAGUGAAGAAGCUGGAAGGCGUCAGCCAAGGGGAGAAACAAUUCCGCAAUGAAAUCAGCACAAUUGGUAACAUUCAACAUAUAAACCUUGUGCAUCUUCGCGGUUUCUGUUCUCAAGGUAACAAGAAGUUGUUAGUGUACGAGUAUGCAUCCAAUGGAUCAUUAGAUUCUCAUCUUUUCAACCCAAAAAAGGACGAGAGUAUAUUACCCUGGACAAGAAGGUAUGAAAUUGCAUUAGGGACAGCCAGAGGACUGGUGUAUCUGCACGAGAACUGCAGGGACUGUAUCAUACAUUGUGAUAUAAAACCUGAAAACAUUCUUCUGGAUUCUUUCAUGUGUCCCAAAGUUGCAGAUUUUGGGCUAGCCAAGUUGGUGGGGCGUAAUUUUAGUAGGGUUUUGACCACAAUGAGAGGAACUCGAGGCUACCUUGCUCCUGAAUGGAUAUCUGGCGGAGCCAUAACAGCAAAAGCAGAUGUGUAUAGCUUCGGAAUGAUGUUGUUUGAGUUUGUGUCAGGUAGGCGAAAUUCUGAGCAAACUAGAGAUGGGAAGGUUAACUUCUUUCCGGCAAUUGCUGCAAAUGUGAUAAUGGGCCGGGGCGACAUCCUUACUAUAUUAGACCCCAAUUUAAACCAGGUUGCUGAUGUAGAAGAAGUAACCAACAUAUGUAGAGUAGCUUGUUGGUGCAUACAAGAAAAUGAACAUGUUCGUCCAACAAUGAGCCAGAUAGUUCAAAUUCUUGAAGGGGUUGUGGAUGUGGACAUGCCUCCUGAUCCAAGAGGACUUCAAGUCUUUAUCGACAAUGAAGAUGAUAUUGUUUUCUUCACUGAUAAGGCAUCCUCCUCGAAUUUGCAUAUACAGAGCGAUCCUGCAUGGGCUUCAUCAUUCGUUGAAGAGCAGUAUACCAACAAAAAGACCCAAGGUUCAAAGAUACAGGAAUGUGAAUCUGAUUGAGCCUCGCUUUGGUUCCAUUUUCAUAUUAGAAAGUUUGAGAAAAUGAAACAUCGUUAAUACAUAUUAUAUAUUUAUUAAUAAUGUAUAAUUUGAUCCCACAUUAACUA